CAACAUCUGACGUGUGAAAUCGUCUCUCAUUAAGACAGCCGAGACUCCUGGCCCAAACCAGGGUAGUGCUGCAAUCCUGAGACUCUCGUCGUUGAACAGCGAUGGCCGCCUCGACCGAGCCUGACGUGGACGGCGCAAGUGACACUUCAUCCCUGUCGGAUCCUCUCGAUACUACCAACGAUGAGGGCUGGGAAGACAUCGAGCGAGAUGAGGAGCCUGUGACUAUCGUCUCCUUGCUCGACGAGAGCACGUUUCCCGACGCGCAGAGCAUGCUGGCUCAUUGCCGAGACACGCACGGCUUGGAUAUCUGGAAACUAAGGCAAGAAUUCGCUCUUGACUACCUGGGAUUGGUCCGGCUCGUCAACUACAUCCGAUCGGAGGUCACGGCUGGCAAUUCGCAGCCCGAUGUCUCUUCGAAGACGGUGUUCGAUGACGAAAAGUAUCUCAAGCCGGUCCUCGAGGACGAUGCGCUGUUGUACAGUCUGGACGAUGUUUUCGAAGAAGACGUCAACCCAGCUCCGCUCUCCGAAGUCGAACAACUCCGAGAACAACUCGCAACUCUGCAGAGCCAAUUUUCUGCUUAUCGAGAGCAAGUGCAGAACGCCAUGCUAGAUCGCUUUGAGCAGUCACAACCUUCACAAGAGUCGAAUGCCACUGCUCAGGGUGCAGCACCGCAGGCCGGAGACCGAGGCAAUAGCCGUGCUGAGCAAUUUGACAAGGACUAUUUCCAGUCCUACUCGUACAACGCGAUCCACGAAUCCAUGAUCAAGGACCGCAUCCGCACCGAUGCGUACCGUGACUUCAUCUACGAUCACAAACAUCUCUUCAAAGAUAAAGUCGUGUUGGAUGUUGGCUGCGGUACGGGCAUAUUGUCCAUGUUCUGUGCGAAAGCCGGCGCCAGACUCGUCAUUGCGGUAGACAACUCAGGCAUCAUCGACAAGGCUCGGGAGAAUGUGUUCAGCAACGGCCUGCAGGAGGUUGUGAAGUGCGUCAGGGGGAAGAUUGAGGAGGUUACCUUACCCGUCCCGAAGGUAGACGUUAUCGUGAGUGAGUGGAUGGGCUACUGCCUUCUGUAUGAGUCCAUGCUCGACUCGGUGAUCUAUGCGCGAGACAAGUAUCUUGCGGAGGAUGGCUUGAUGGUCCCUUCACACGCGACACUGCGCAUCGCUCCACUCGCAGACUCGGACCUGAAGGCCUCACACAUUGACUUCUGGCGCGACGUGUACGGCUUCGACAUGACGGCGAUGCUGGAGAAGGCGCACGAGGAAGCCCUGAUCCGGGUAGUCGACGAGAAGGAACUGGCGGGGGCGAGCGUCGCGUUCCUCGAACUGGACCUGCACCGGACCAAAGUGGACGACUUGACCUUCACCAACCCCUUCAGCACGACGUGGCAGAACGACGGAGUCAAGACUCUGGAGGGCUUCGUUAUUUGGUUCGACAUCUUCUUCAACACAUCGCGCUCCCAGGGUAUCCCUGCCGGGAUGACGGCCGCCGAAGCCAAGAAGAAGACCGGGGUGGUGACGUUCUCGACCGGCCCGCAUUCCGAGGCGACGCAUUGGCAGCAGGGGGUCUUCUUGAUCAAGGACCCCGUCGGCCAGUUCGGCCCCGGAGACAGCAUCGCCGGCGAGGUGACGUACCUGAAGAAGCAAGGGCAGGAGAGGUCGUUGGACAUAGACAUCACAUGGACGAAGGCGAGUGCAGGGGGCGGAAAGGAGAAGGAGCGGGUCAAGAAGCAGAGGUGGAUACUGGACUGAUCUUCUUUUCUUUUCAUCGAUCCGCUCUCGAUGUCCAUGCCUGCAUCUGCACGUGCCAUGUCUAUAUCACCUUUCAGUGUCAUUGUCAAUGUCCAAUGUCAAAUGAUGGUGACAGAAACUGGCGCGGCGCUUGCUCGGUCUUUCGGCGUAUCCGCUUGAGGCAAGGACAGAGAGAUACGAGGUGCAUAUGCAGGGACAGCUCCCACCUCGGCGAUUAGGGCGAUUAGAACGAAGAUAAUACCAGGCAUCUAUCUGCCCACGUUUAACUAUCCCGUCG